AUGUCUACCGACUGGUCUAUUGCCUUUAAGCCAAUUCUCGACCUUCACUCUAAGGCCAUUUUUGCUGCAGGUUCCUCGUCUGUUGGAAAACCUGUGGUGAGGAAGAUUUGGAGGGCCAUACUAGCUGCUCGAGAUGAGCAAGAGGAACCCAUUGCCUUGCCUACUUCCUUGAAAAAGGCAAUAAAAGAAUACUAUGCCAAAAGUCUGAAAGACAAGGAAGAGGCAGACGAACGUGAGGCAGCGAGUCGCCCAAGAGAAGCAUCUUUCUAUAAGAAACCCCUGUCUGAGUGGGACGUGGCACAGAAAUUAUCUAAGCAGGAGAUCGACACAUAUGACAAGGCCCAACAACAGAGUAAAGGCUUGGAGUAUUCAAUCAAGUACCGCACUGGGAAUGCCAGGGAAUGGUUCAACAACAUGACACCUUCACAACAGCAGGAGGUCAAGUUUGCCAUGAAGAAAUGGAAUGAGGAGGGGGCACCAGAAGAAACUCAGGCAAUAUACCGUAAGAACAACCUCAAGAAAACUCUGGAAGAUUUUGCAGAGCAAAUUCGGCACACCAUGGGUUGUCGCGUAGUAAUGCUUGUUAGUCAUAAGAAAAAAGCUAGUCAGACAUUGUCUGUUAGUCUACACGAAACUACGCCUCAGAAUGCUAAGAAAAAAUUUUCUGUGAGCUCAAGUGGUAUUAAGGAGUGGGCUUCGAAUGGAUUUGAAUCCUUCGGAGAAUGGUCUAAGACUGAAUUUUACCCUUCAGAGGAUUCAGACCGUGUGGCUUCAGACAGUGAGGAUGGACCUGUCUUACCUGAAAUCAUAGUAGACGAUGAUGGAUAUGCAAAACUUCCUCUUCGUGAUGGUAUUGGCCUCAAGGGCCAACAGGAGUUGAUUAGAAGUAUCUUUCAUACUUCAUACAAAGUCUGCACAGGUGGCUCUAGACCUGUACCUUGGGGCGUGAUAACUGCCAGUCCGUCCAAUUAUUUGGCACCUGGUUCAGUUCCCACAGGAUUUGUGGUCAAAGACCCUUCUCAUAUGAAGACAGAGGAAGUAAAUCGUCUAUGGAUGCAUUGGGAACGACCCUCUACUGCAAAUAAGAAGCUUGUUGUGUUUAUAAAGGCUAGGGAUGCUGGUAUGCGGGUCACUGGGAAGUCCAAGACAAAAGUAGUGAGCGCCCUAGAUGAAGAAGAUCAAGACCGGCCGGCUUCCUUUGCCUCUCAUUUCACAGAAUGUACAACACAUCCGGCCGCUCACACCCAUGAGACCACCCCAGAUGAUGUUGCCAUCAAUGACCGAUACACAUUUUUAGAAACCCUUAGCAAGAGUGAAAACUACUUGGAGCUUGUAGAUGCCACUAGGGACCUGGCAAUAUUAGCCAAUCAGAAGCCAAUUUCAGAGCGACACCAAGAUUUGCCUACCUGGGCUGACUGGUCUUGGAAUGGAAUUUAUCUUCCUGAGGACAUUCACACAUCAUAUAUGACAUUGGUGGCCAGCUUGAACAAGCUACAAACAUGUCCAAUCUCAGGACCGCCAUCUGCAAUGCCAGUAGUACUAGGAAUUGGGCUCCUCUAUAGGGAGUCUAAGCGCGUGAUAGAGUAUGAGGAGGAUGAGGCUGAUCCCAAUACCCCUUUCUACCUACCUCAUUCUGCUAUUGAUCUACAGUUCUUGGUCACUCUGGAUGAUGCUGUCCGGGAAGUCUUGUGCUCAGUCGUUGGUCACAUUGAGAGGCUGACAAAGGAGGGACUCAGUGAUGAGGAUGAUGAGGUGAGGUUGGUGGUAGAUGAUGAAGGGGUGGUGGAGAAGGAUGUCGAGUCAGAGGAGAAUGUAGUUGGGGGAGAAGAACAGCAGGAGCAGGAGGUUGAAGAGGUGGUGCAGAAAGGGAGGAAGAGAGCCAUUCACCAUGCUUCAUCAAGGCAAGGCAACCCUCUAAGAGAAACCAGAAGAUAUGAUCUCAUAUCCUUCAUUGUCUUCAUUGCUAGUUAA